UUUGUAAAUACAACAAAACAAUCUGCUGGACUCUCGCCUUCGAGGAGUGACGUCACGGCUUAUAAAACAUAUAUAGAGUUCACUCUGAGCCUGAGAUACAGUCUGAAAAAGUUCUCAGUGUCACAAGACACAGUGUAACUAUGCUCCAAUACAUCUCGUUUCUCGCCGUAAUCCUUGCCGUGGAAAGCGCUUUAGCGCCAUUCAUAAAGCCCUGCAAAAGUGGAGACAAUGUAUGCAUCCUAUCAUCGGCUCGGGCCGCCGCCCCGAUCUUAGCUGAGGGCGUCCCAGCGCUGGACAUCAAGCCCAUAGACCCUAUGGCCAUCCCGCUGAUCACUGGAGACCAGGGUGGCUUGAAGAUGGUCUUCACGGACACCGUAGUCACUGGCAUGAAGGGAUGUGUCGUUGAGGCUGUCAAACACGAUCUGUCGAAGAGCAGACAGACAGUGGUGACACGAUGCUCUGUGACGCUGAAGGGUAACUACAAUCUCGACGGACACCUCAUCAUACUACCGGUUCAGGGCCAGGGGAAAUACACCAUAACCAUACAGGACAUAGUAAUAAAAACGUAUACGGAGCUGCAGACAGUGGAGGGCAGUGAUGGCAAGCCGCACUGGCACAUUGCGAGCUGGUCGCACCGGUACACCACCAAGACUGGCGCGCAAUUCCACUUUGACAACCUCUUCAAUGGGAACAGAGUGCUUGCUGAUCCAGUGGACGAAUUUCUGAACAGUAAUUGGCAAGAAGUGAUGGAGGAAGUGGCGCCUCCGGUUGUAAAGGCUACAGUCCAAGGAGUUAUAGACGCUGUAGAAGCUCUUUACAAGGCUGUUCCAGUUGAACAAUUAUAUAUUAGUUAAUUAAGCAAUAAAAUAUUAUUGUUAUAAUAUCUA